CAGCGUCAGCGGCGGUGAGGCGCUGCUGGUGGCGCAGGCAGUUGCGCUGUUGUGCACCGCCUCCGCCGCCCAUCUACCGACGCUGCUGCUCUUCGGAGCGCCUCUGUACAUUGGCGAGCUGGCUGCCGUCACUCACCUGCUGCAGACGGCCUUCUGCUUCCUGCUGGUGUUGCUUGGUGUGCUGACGUACGUGCCGUCGGCCCGCUCGGCCGUCUGCCUGCACCUGCUGCUGCUUCUGCUGGCCGCAGCCAUCGUGGUCACCACCUCUUCCGUCAUCAACACCAACUGCCUGGUCUGGAUCGUUGAGUUCGCUGCUGCCACGGAGAUGAGGGUUCGCCUGCUGACCUGGUGGACGUCGCUGCUGGUGGGUGCGCUACUGUUCGCCACCGUCUUGGGCGCUUGCUCCGGCGCUGCCUCGCCCUCCGGCCGGCAGUCGAUCCUGCGCAAGCCGUUCCACCUGCUGGUGUGCGUUGUAUUCGUGCCGGGCCUUCUGCACGACCCAGCCCUCCUGCUGGCUGCCUCCGGCGGCCUCACCUUCCUCUUCAUCGUGGCGGAGGUGGCACGGGCGUGCGGUGUUCAGCCGUGGUCCCGUAUCCUGCAGGCAUGGUGUCAGCCCUUCUUGGAUUCCAAGGACACAGGAGCGCUGAUACUUCCCAACAUUUAUCUUCUAGUGGCCUGUUCCGGGGUGCUGUGGUACCACGCCGAGUCGGUGGGGCCCGUCGGCCGAUACCAGGACCUGUGCCUCUUCGCUGGCGUCAUCACGAUCGGAGUCGGCGACACGGUGGCGGCCGUGGUGGGUUCCAGUCUGGGCCGGUGGCGCUGGCCGCGCUCCGUCAAGACGGUGGAGGGGAGCCUGGCGUCGGCUGCUGCCCAGCUGCUCUUCUGCUUCCUGCUGGAUUACUCAGGUCACCUUGAGGUCGUUCCGGAAGCGUGGUGGCCCCUGUGUGUGUCCGUUUGCGUCACCACAUUGGCGGAGGCCUUCACCAACCAGGCCGACAAUCUGGUGCUGCCUCCACUCUUCGUUGUCGCCUUCAAGAUGGCGGCUGUGCGUUGGUGGUGACUCGGAUUACAAGGGUGGCGUUUGACGUGGGUGCUUAAAUUCGUGUGUGGGCGGUGGUGGGCGGGCACAGACGGUUCGUAGCUAUGCGCCGCGGGGUGCGAUACGCUCAAAAUACCGGGCCAGUGAACUGUAAACAACGGAUAUUGUGCUACGCUGUCUGAUUUGAUCGUGGAUUUGCUAUGCGCACUGUAUGACUCCGUGGGGUGGAGGUAAGCCAUAUAAAUGGAUGUUAACGUGCCCAUGUUAUCGUGUUUUGUACGAGGUAUCUUUUUAUGCCACCGAAAUAAAACCGGUCGCUAUGUGAA